UGGUUUUCGCGUGCUGAAAAGUUUGAAUCGCUGAAGCGAGUCGAGUAGAUAUUUUCUUCUCCGUUGUCGUGUUUUCAGAAGUUCCACUUUUUUUGUAACUGAGUGUGCGCGCAGUCCGUGCUUGUGUGGCGGUCACUACGGUGGAUUGAGGCGUUGCAUCUAAUCACUUUGAGAGGUGUGCUAGCGAAUCCUGGAUAGUGCGCGCAAGCGUCUCUCUGUCUCUGUCUCUCUCUCGAGUUCUCUGCCGGUAGUUAGUUAGCGUUAUCUUGUUGGCCAGCACGCUUGAAUAGCUCGCUCUAGAUUGAAUUAAAGACCAGCGCGCCUGCAGACACACACACACACACGCAUACGCACCUAGACUCGGAGUCCGACAGCAGGAUGGCGGUGCGUCUGCUUCGCAAAACGGGCGAGGCGAUCAAGCACAGCCCGGCGGCCAUGAAGCGCCUCAUGGGCAUCAGCAAAGGCAAGUACAAGAUGGAGCUGGCACAAGCUGACGACCCAUUCAAGGUGGGCCUGUCGUAUCACGUCGACUACAUAGGAUACGAGACGUUCCCCGUCGCGGACAGUGAGACGGGCGAGGAGCCCAAGUACUCGCAGAUGUGCGAGAAAUCCGUCGUCAAAGUCUACCAGGACAAGAAGCCCCCGUUCAAGCGUCUCGUGGUCGUCGUCAGCGAUCAGCGCCUGACGGUGCUGGACCCCAACGACGAGAAGAGCGUGGUGCGUAUUCCUCUGUACCGCAUUGCAUUCUGCGGCAGUCACAACCUCUUCACCAAGACGUUCACGUUCAUGGAGCGCUCGCGCGACGGCACGCGCACCACGUGUCACGUGCUGGCCUGCGACACGCCCACCAAGGCGCAGUCCAUGGUGCGCGUCGUGGCCAAGGCCUUCCAGAACGUCUUCCUAGCAUGGUCAGCGCAGCAGCGUAAGGAAAAACGACAGCAGAUACGUGCCGCUAGCCAGUCGGACGACGCCGCAGCUCCUGCUGCCGAGCCUGCAGCAGCAGCAGCAGCAGCAGCAGCAGCAGGCGGGGAUGAUGAUGAUGACGAGGGCGCCACGGCUGCGGACGGUGGCGACCAAGUCAUGCAGGGAACGGAAGAAGUCGAGAAGAUGGACAUCAGCGAGGACGAGAAGGAGAGGCGGCACAUGCAUAGGACGUUCUCGAGACGCACGCUCAGGAAGAAGACGCCUGAUGUCCUGGACACCGGAGACCUAGAAAUCAAACCGUCCGAUUUCGACCUGGACGAAGCCACCGAGUAUGUGGAUCCUGUCGUCGAGGAAGCCCCAGAAUCGCCCGUCACCUCUAGUUAAAUAUAUGGAAGUCCGUGGUGCUUUGAUGAUGUCCUGAGUGUCCCAAGUCCCAACUCAUGACGAAUGCUGAUGAUGAUCUGAUGACGAUGUCAUAGAAUGAUCACAGCAAUUGCUAGAUACACGUACACACACAUACGCACACGCACACACACACGCUUUCUUGUUAUUGGGCAACUUGCCCGUUAGAAUCUGCGAAGUAAAAUAAACAACAACACACACCUACGCACAUGCACACACACACACACACACACACACACACACACACACACACACACACACACACACACACACACACACACACACACACACACACACACACACACACACACACACACACACACACACACACACACACACACACACACACACACACCGAUAUGCAGAACGCAGAUACCUUGUACAUGUACAUGUAGAUUACAGUGUAGUUAUACAUGUACAUGAAUGUAUGUAUCUGUGCAUUUAAUUUGUAAGCACCCUGGGAAUGGGUGGCUGGCGUGCUGUUCGAGAUUUGUGCAUGAAUCUAGUCUACAUAUACACGUAAACAACACGCGCUGCAGGAGAGGUUUCUGUCCAAUUUGGUUCAAACGAGUUGUAAUUCUAUCCGUUACGAUCGAACGUUUCCUCAGAAUGUUUCCUUUCCAUCUAAAACCAUUAUUGCUUUUCAUUUGCAUGCAUUUUUGAUGAACUUUAUGGAAUUUUGUAUGACAUAGUAAUCAUAGUAUCA